GCCUGUCGUGAUUGGUAAUUUAAAAACAGGAGAAAAAAAGGGAAAACUAAAUAUUAAAAGAGGAGGCAUCCUCUGGGUACCAUGAGUUAACACAGACGGAGGAAACAACUGAAAGUCCCUACGACAAAGAACAAGAACGGCCGACAGCGAAUUCUCAAAUAUGGCAGAUACGGAAGUGAAUCCAGUUACGAUUUUGUCUCUGCUUUUCCUCAUAUUUUCCACCCUUACAUUAAUCAGAUAUGUUGUAAUUGUUUUUUCAAUAUGGUCAUUUGCUGUUGGAUUGAUUCUUGCAUAUUUGGUUCUCAGAAAUUGGAAUGAAGCUCCAAACCUUUUGAUGCUGUUGCAACUUACAGGCAGUAUUAAAACACCCAAAACAACAAGCUAUGAUACAACAAAGAAAGUUAGAAAAGGGUGCACAGUUUGUUCGAAAAAAGGCUGUUCAAGACACAGACCUGAAAUCUCACAUCAAAGUUUACAUCCAUGGGAAGAUUUAAAAAUCCCAAAACGAGUUGAUGAAGCACUCACAGAGUUCUUCGAGAUUGUUUUACGUACACAUUUGUACUCAUGGUAUUGGGAUUUGAGCCAUGAUCAAGGGUUUGUUGAUCAAGCUAGAUAUAUCUUACGUUAUGCAGUGACAAUUAUUCUGCAGAGAACUCAGAAAGUAAAUAUUCCAGAAUUCCUUUUGAAAAAAUGUUUGAAGAAGUUCAUGAUUCACGUAGACUGCUUUUUUCGAACAAAAGAAAGAGCAUCUUAUGGGGAUGACGUUCAAGCGUUAGUUAUAGAAAAAAUUAAAACAUAUAAGCAUUUCAGUUUGCAAAAUGAUCUAGCAGAAGAAGAAUAUUUGAGAUAUACAAUACAUACUUUGCUACCAUAUUUGUUGCCGAGAUCUGAGCUUGAAUGCAGAUCAGCAGAAUAUUUUCUUGAAGAACUUCUUAAUGGUGUUAUUUUCAAAACGUUAGCAGAAAAAAUAGUGGAGCCAGAUUUUGUGAAUAAUUUAUUGCUGAUCUUUCUUGAUGAAGAAACGCUACCAGAACCAAGCUACCCACCCAGUGAAAAGGUGACGUUUCUCGAGGAGUUUGGGAGACACAGAAUGCAUCAUGCAAAAUCGGCUUUGAUGGUUUCAGCAUAUGACUUGAUGCAUGAUGCGAAGUAUUUGUACCCAUUUAUGCAGUUUAUGAAGAGAGAAGGCUCGCUGAACAUUUUACAGUUUUGCUUGGCUGUUGAGGAAUUCAACAAACGAAGUUUAGCGGCUGAUGCAACUGAAGAUGACCAAGCCAAACUUUUUGAAGAGACACAAGAAAUUGAUGCGUUAUAUUUCAAGCAAGAUGCAGUUGAUAAAAUUAAUUUCCCCAAAGAUAUAGUGACUGACUUUCAAGAUGCUGUUGCGUCACCUAAGGAUGCCAUGAUGAAACUCAGAACUGCAGCGCCAUUAUUCCGAGCAUAUGAACAUGCACUGGAUAUAUUAGAGAAGAUUUAUGCCCCCCUUUUCCAUCAAAGUGAGGAAUUUUAUGCUCUGUUAUGUGGAGACAGAAUAUCAAGUCGAAAACGGAUUGUCGAGAGUAAUUUAUCAAAAAGAAAAUUCAUGCCAUUUGCAGAGCUUUCGAAAAUUGCUGGUAAAAUAAAAGCGAAGAAGCAGAAAGUGAAAGAGGACAAGUCAUUAGCUAUUUUUCUCGACGAUCCUGAAGGAACGGAGGAAGCAUAUGAAGCGUAUGAUGAUUCAGAUGGUGAUUAUGAUGACAACGAAGAUAAUGACAGUGAUGACGAAGUUUACGAUCUCAGCUACUGGCAUGUGAUUAUUGCCAAUAUUGACUAUAUAUUUGAAAAGAAUAAAAAGGUUUAUGUAUUUGUCAUCAAUGUAGAACGCAUCGGUGGUAAACGCGAAACUAUGGACGAAUCAAAAUGGCAAGUUGUAAGAAAAUACAAUGAGUUUUACGUUCUUGAUGCAAAACUUCGACGUUUUCAUGAUACUGUGCGUGAAGCAGAAUUGCCACCCAAACGAACCAUCUUGAAAAAGGACCAUGGAUAUCUGGAAUCAAUAAGAUUUCGAUUGCAAGAGUACUUACAAAAACUGGUUCGAAGUCCAGUGUUCCGUGGUAGCAGCCUCCUGCACAGUUUUUUAACACCUGGCGGAGAUAUAACUGGAAUGUUUGAGCAAGAAAGUGUUGGAAAAGAGGCUGGAAGAAAAGUGAUCUCGUUGAAAAGUAAACUUGUCGUUGAGAAAGGUCAAAACCUGGAACCAUUUUUAAAUGCAUUUAUAACAUCUUGUGAACCACCUGUAAAAAAACGACUUCCAAUCAAAUGUCCACCAACUCAAGGAAUGUCAGGUCACAAAAGAAGAGACAGUAGAAUGUACCUCCCGCCUCCAGCGUGGGCAAGAGACGUUCGGAGAUCUUUAUCAAGCACAAGUUCCGAUACCUAUACUGAUUCUAUAUCAAGUGUCACACAAUAUAUAUUAUAUAUAGCACGCAAUCAUGUGAAAGUUCCAUCGUGGCUUCACCAUUUCUUAAUUUGCUUUCAAUAUCUUUGUAAAAACACCUUGGACGCGUUUGUAGAAAGAUACGUUUCGUAUAAACUUUCGUUAGUUACGGCUGAAUUACAACUUGUCUCGUAUAUUCAUUUAAUUCGAGAUAUAAUAUUCUUUGAUAAUGAUCCACCACGCACCGAUUCCGAUAAGGUGGAGAGACGCGAUAAAACUGUGUCACAGAUGCUCUCCUUCUUUCCUGAGAGAGUGAAGAACGUAAUAGGAUGCGACAAUCACGAUCACGCCAUUAAAACUUUAUUCGAGAUGUUUCAGUAUCCAAAGUUAAAUAAACAGCUUCUCUUCAUACUAUUCGACGAGCUGCUUUUUGAACUUUUUCCAGAACUUCAACAACAGACGGAGAAGAAUAGCUGAUCUUGAAUAUCUUGGCGUCAUCCUUCAAAUGCUUUCACGUGGCCUGACAGCAAACUAGAGCCUGUUUAGUUAUCCGGCUUUUAAAACUGGGGAUUAUUUCUAGAGUGAAGUAUUACCUAUGUGUGAGACUUAAUAAGAUAGUAAAGUGGUAAGCCUUGAAGGAAAAAAAAUGGAAACAAAAUUCCGUAGAUAAGAAGAAAUUUAAUGAUCAAAGAAUUUUUACCAUGAUGUCGUAAAAGGGUAGGAUAGCCUUCGUACGACGAUUUUUUCUUUACCUCGUAUCAGAUAACCUAAUUGUUGGCUCACAAAUUUAAAACACUUUUUUUCGUUGGUUUUCUUAAGAAUUAUUUUGUAUCAAAUUUGUAUUAUGAUAAGAAAACUUAAUUAUUUAUUUUUAUAUUUUUUUAAUUAAAUUGAAAUAACAUUA